AUGAUAAUCCCCGUACGGUGCUAUUCUUGUGGGAAAGUUAUAGGGCACAUUUAUGAGCAAUAUCAGGCUCUUUUGGAUGAGGAUUAUACUGAGGCCGAGGCUUUGAAUAAAUUAAAUUUAGAGCGUUAUUGCUGCCGUCGGAUGAUUCUUUCUCACAUCGAUCUUGCGGAUGAUCUUAUUCCAUAUAGUGCUCCCAUGGUAGGUACGAUGCCGUUAAUGACGCCGCUGCAAACCCCAACUCCUCAUCGCCGUUAG